UUUCUUUUCGUCCUUUUCAUUCGAAACUUGAACUUGAAUAUCGUUCCUUUUUAUAUGUCAUUCUAGAAAAUAUAGUCGCACGCGCAUGAUGUGUGGUGAAACGCUAACGUAUAUUUUUUGAAUUUAGAACUUUUAUUUUUCAAAAUGAUCAAAGCUACAAGUUUACUUCUAGCUCUAGCACUAGCGAUACCUAUAAACGCUCAGAAUGACUUCAUAUCACCAUGUCCAAGUGUGUUCACGUAUGAACCUCCCGGAGCUGAAGCGGGGAAGUGGUACGGAGUAGUUAAUCUAACUACAGAUACGACGCUGUAUGCGUUGUGGCUGAAUGUCGUGUUGGAAAGCAAGGCUGAUAUACUUGGGAACUGGGUCGGAGAGGUUACAACAGAGGACAACAUAGAUUUUAAAAUAGAAAAUACUAAAUUAAAGAUCAGUCCUGGUCCUCCACUAACUGUGCGAUUCUUCAUACAAUACAACACCCAGAAACCUCCUCCAAAGCUAAAGGCUAUAAGAUUCAACGGAAAGGAGAUUUGCAAUGUUGAAGUUCCUCAAGCUGAAGUACCUAUUAGAGCUGCUAUAGGAUACAAUGACCAGGCAAUACUAGAUGUUACUACUUCGACAACUGUAAGACCUAAAGUCACCACAUCAAGGAAUAACAAUAAACAACGUACUACAACAAAGGCACCAUACUGGCAACAGACUGAAAAGGUGCAAACAACUACAAAGUCACCAUAUGAAAGACAGACGACAACAUUAAGACCGUUUUGGACAGAAGCGACGACUCUUAGCACUACACCAUCAACUACCAGAGCUCAAUAUUGGCAACAAACUACGACAAAACCUGCGUAUUGGACACAGUCCAAAAUUGAGGCUCAAACAACUGAAAAGGCACAAGUUUGGUCUUACGUAAAACCUGACAACAGUCAGACAAGUACAACUACUACACGACCAGCUCAAGCUUGGCCUCAAAAUACUAGAACUGAAAACAAGCAACAAUCUGCUCCAGAGAAGAAUUCUCAGAAAGUCCAAACCUGGACCAUACAGAAAGCUGGAAAUCAACAAACAAAGACUCAAGAUAGAACUGUCAAACCUAAAGAUAAUAGAACUACUUCAACACCUGGAUACAAACAAACUAAGAAUGAUGUUAACCAAUAUACAACUGAAAAAUCUUCAGUAUGGCCUAAUGUGAAAGUACCAGACAACCAACAAGCCAAUAACAAAGGCUCAAGAAUUGACGAUAAGUCACAAACUGAAGUAAAACAAGUUGUGCAGGCACACCAUUGGCCUAAAAUUACAACUGAGAAAAACAUAGAGACAGCAGAAAAGUCACAUAGUAGACCAGAAACUACAUCAUACGCGUGGCCUGAUAGUCAGAAAACUUACGACACUCAAUCUAGAGACACUCCAAUUUAUGUACGACCAGAAGACAAGCCAAUUGAAAAUAGGUAUGAAAGACCACAAACUUGGAGUGCCUCUCAAACUCAAAGGGUUGGGGAUAAUAAUGGGCAGAAGCAAGGCUGGUCUGGAGACAAGACUUCGAGCUGGACAGCCGAUAGAUCUGGAUCUUGGAAUGAUCAGACUAAGAACAGCAAUGACUAUCAAACUGGCAGCGAACCUUCGGCAUAUAGUACUGCAGAUAGCGGUGGUAUCAAAAAGUUUGAGUCAGAGGAUGAUUUGCCUUUCUAUCAGCAACCGCUUACUACUGAGUACCCAGCUCCAGCCAUUUUUAAGACCGAGGCUGAAGAAUAUGAUGCACCAAAACAAGAAGACAAAAAUGAGUACUACGUUGGAGGCUUACCGAUUUUCUACAUACCCAACCAUGGACCUCGCGUGGCGGGUGAGCCUGAAUGUGGAAAAGUAAUACUAAACAAGGAUGUAAGGCAUCGGAAGCCUUUCGCCACGCUGGAAGGUCAGUGGCCUUGGCAAAUUGCACUAUAUCAACAACAGACCUCGGUAGACUUCAGAUACAUUUGCGGAGGUACCCUGGUGUCUAAACGCCACGUGAUCACGGCCGCCCACUGCGUCACCAAGAAAGGUUCCGCCAGGGUGGUGAACAGGAACACCCUGACCGUCUACUUGGGGAAACAUAACCUUAGGACUUCGGUUGAAGGUGUGCAGGUGAAAUUUGUAAACAGAGUCCUAGUCCCCCCAGAGUAUGAUCCGGUGAACUUCCACACGGAUAUAGCUAUACUGGAGCUCCGGGAUCUAGUCACGUACUCCGACUGGGUCCAGCCAGCCUGUCUCUGGCCUGAAAAUGAGAUGGACCUCAAGAAUAUUGUGGGGCAGAAGGGUUCCGUGGUAGGCUGGGGUUACGACCACGCAGGCGUGGCGCGACAGGAGCUCAGUCUACUGGAGAUGCCGGUAGUAGACCAGCAGACCUGCCUCAACUCCUACCGCGAGUUCUUCGGGCGAUUCACCUCGGAUAAGACUUAUUGUGCUGGAUAUAGGAGUAGUGGUUCAGCAUGCAACGGCGACAGCGGAGGCGGCAUGGUCUUCCAGCGAGGAGAGAGCUGGUACCUCCGAGGAGUUGUCUCCUUGUCAGUGGCCAAGCAGGGCGAGUAUCGCUGUGACCCCCACCACUAUGUGAUAUUCACUGAUGUAGCCAAACUCUUACCCUGGAUAGAAGACAAUAUCGACUAUUACUAUUAGGUUAAGCUGUGAUUUUUUUGUAAUAAAGUAGUAGUAC